AUGGUUGAAAGCCAGAAGAUCCCGGGGGCCAAGCUGGCAGCCGCCCCCGAGCCUCAGGUUGUGCGGAUCCUCGUGAAGACCCCUUGGCAGCAGGAGGAGUUCCUGGUCCACAGGGACAUGCUGGUCCGGGAGUUCAAGGAGCUCGUCGCCCGGCACUUCUCCGCGGCCCCCAAGCACGUCGUGCUGGUCCAGGCCGGGCGGAUUUUGAAAGACCACAAGGCCCUGGGGCACCACGGGGCCCUCCUGGAGGCCGACGCCACCGUCUAUGUGGUCGUCCGCUCUCCGUGGGCGCGCCCCUCCCGGCAGGCCUCUGCGGGCCCUCCCGGCGGCGCCCCUGGCCAGAAGCCCAGCCAGAGCAGCACCUCCGCCGGCGACGGCCUCCGAGCGCUCACGGCCAGCCUGGGCCUGAACACCGCCACCUUCGCCGAGUUCCAGAGCCGGCUCAUGUCCCACCCUGACAUCAUGCUGCGGCUGCUGGAGGACCCCUCCAUCCAGAGCAAGCUCUCGAGCCCCAGCCUGGUGAAGGAGCUGCUCACCAACAGCCGGCCGGUGCAGCAGGUGAUCAAGAGUGCCCCGGAGAUCAGCCACGUCUUCAGCUCCCCCGAGGGCGUGCGGCUGGUGAUGGAGCUGGCCAGGAACCCGGCGGCCGUGCGGGAGAUCCUGAAGUCGCCCCCGCAGGCCCUCGGCUGCCCCAGUGGGGACGGCAACAGCGUCCUGCAGGACACGCUGGCCGAGGCCCGGGCCCCGGGGCAGAAUGCCGUCCCCAAGUGGCGUGGAGCGGCCCCGUGGCCCGUCUCCCUGGGGGGCCACCAGCCACCCGUGGAGCCAGAGGAAAGGCCUGGGUGGGCCCGAGAGCCCCUGCCUUCUCUCCGGACGUGGCCCACGAGGCCCGGGGCCCUUGGCGAGCACAGCAGUGGGGAAAGCGGCCCCUGGAAGGGGGCAGAAGCCGGCCAGCUUGCCUCGGCAGCGGUCAGGAACCUGCUCCGCCAGAUCAUCAGGCACCUCGUGCAGAGCACCAUGGGCAGCCCCUCCCGGAAUGCAGCCGCACAGGGGCCAAGCCCCGUGCCGGAGCAGGUGGCCCGGGGGGCUCGGCGGGACACGGGGAGAGGCCGGGACGCCCGCGAGCAGGCAGGCACACCGGUCCCGGGCCCCGACGUGCUCCCGGCCAGCUGGAGUCCCCGAGAGAGGCAGGCGCUCCUGGACAUUCAGCGGCGGCUGCAGGCCCUGGCCACCGAGGAGCCGGCCGGGGAGCGGCGAGGCAGGUCCGAGCGGCCUGCGCGGAGAGCACGCUCCAUCACCUCCCUCUGCAACCUCAGCCUGGCGGCCUCAGGCCUGGGGUGCCAGGACCUCUCUGCCCAGCAGAUCUUGCAGACUCUGAUGGGCCCCGAUUUCCUAGCCAGUGAGAAAGGCACCGGUCGUCCCCGAGGCUCCUCCGCACAGCCAUCUUCCAAGCAGAAGCGGACACGCGAGCUCUGA